GUAAAAAGAUCAUUUCGGUAAUAAACUCAGGACUUUCAAGACUGCGCGAAGCGGAAUAAAUUCCGUGGUUAGAGUAAUAGCCCAUCGUCUCUCUCUCUUUUUUCCCCAAAAGUAAUCACUUUCUCUCUGUCUAUUCUCAGAGAGUACAAACCCUAGCCGAUCCGAUCCAAUGGAUAUACUGAAACAAGAAUUAGAGAAACGGCGCAAAACCCUAGCACAAGAUGUGGGCGGCCGCAAAAUCUUCAAGCGAUCAGAAAUCGAACAAAAACGCAUACAAAGAAUUCGCGAAGAGGAAAAACGUGAAGCCGAAGCCAAAUCCAAAUCACAACAACAACACAAGACCGAAGACAACAACAACAACAACAACACGUCAUCAUCAAACUCAAAAACCGAAGAUGACAAAAACAACAACACGUCAUCAUCAAACUCACAACAACCACCUACAGAUGAGCAAAAAAUCGAUUUAUUAAACUUACCGAAACAAGAAGUUAUUCGUCGUCUUAGGUUUUUAAAACAACCCGUGACUUUAUUCGGUGAAGAUGACGUGGCCAGGUUAGAUAGAUUGAAAUUUGUGUUGAAAACUGGACUGUUUGAAGUUGAUGAUAGUGAUAUGACUGAAGGACAAACUAAUGAUUUUUUAAGGGAUAUUGUUGAAUUAAAGAAACGACAGAAAUCGGGUAUGAUGAGUGAAAGGAAGCGAAAAGUGAGUGAGGAUAUCGGUGAGGAUAAAGACGGAGGUGGUGGUGAUGAAGAUUUGAGUGGAGAUGGGGCGUCGUCGGGUGUGGAUUAUGAUAAGGAUUUGAAGAGAAUGAAGACGAAUUUCGAUGAUUUGUGUGAUGAAGAUAAGAUUUUGGUGUUUUUUAAGAAGUUGUUGAAUGAAUGGAAUCAAGAACUCGAUGAAAUGACUGAUUCGGAGAAGAGGUCGGCUAAGGGGAAAUCGAUGGUUGCUACUUUUAAGCAAUGUGCUAGGUACUUGCAUCCAUUAUUCAAGUUUUGCAGGAAAAAGUUACUUCCUGAUGACAUUAGGCAAGCACUACUUGUGGUUGUUGAAUGCUGUAUGAAGAGGGACUAUCUAGCUGCGAUGGAUCAGUACAUUAAGAUGGCAAUUGGUAAUGCACCUUGGCCUAUUGGUGUUACUAUGGUUGGUAUUCAUGAACGGUCAGCUCGUGAGAAGAUUUACACAAACAGUGUUGCUCAUAUCAUGAAUGACGAGACAACUAGGAAGUAUCUGCAGUCAGUUAAAAGACUGAUGACCUUCUGCCAACGACGGUAUCCAGCAAUGCCAUCCAAAGCUGUGGAGUUCAAUAGCCUUGCAAAUGGUAGUGACUUGCAGUCGUUGCUUGCAGAGGAGGGGACUUCUGGCGGAUCUCAAACAGAGGAAAGGCUUCGAAUAAUGCCUGCAUAAGGGAUAUCCUGCAGAAAUUUAUAAAUUGAUUUGCCUUUAGUACUCUUUUUUUCUGUAAUGUUGAUUUCUAUCAUUUACCUGAGUAUAGCCUGCCCUGCAAAGACUUGCACAAGGGAGGAAGAAGAAUUGGAUGUCCUGGUUUGUAACUUCUGGAAUUGGAUCGCAUGUAGAGAAUACUUGCCUUUAGUUAUGCGAUGAAUAAUUCUGACUGAAGAUUAAAAAAAAAAAAUGUCAUGUAUUAUAACGGUAAAUUGGAUAGUUGGCGUGCGCAAGUA